AACCCCGUAUCAAAACUCAACUCAAAGAACACGAACCGUAUUCUAUGCUCUUUACUGUAAUAGAUAAAUCAAUCGUACACAUUGCAAGGUGCUUUGAUUUUAGGGUUGCAGAGAUUGAUCUCCUUCCGAACACUUAAUUCGAUUUCGGAAUGUCCAAUCUCUGUUAAAUCUUCUUCUGAUUAUCUGACUUUUUUUUCAGCGCAACUACAAUCUAGUAAUCUACUAUAGUACUGUCAACUCUUUCUUCCAUUGCUUUCCGAGCGAUUUCUCAAAUUUCUCAAGUGGAUUGAGAAUUUGACUUGGAUUUCUAUCGAGAUGCCGAAAUUUUGUAUGGGAGGGAAAGUAGUUGAUGGAAUUGACUUGUUGAAGAAGAAGCAAAAGCUAUGGCGACUCGACGUUUGGCCGUUUGCCAUCCUUUAUGCUCUUUGGUUGGCGUUGAUUGUUCCUAGCUUAGAUAUAACCGAUGCCUUGAUAGUUCUUGGCGGUCUUAUCACCUUUCACAUCUUGAUCCUGCUUUUCACAGCUUGGUCUGUGGAUUUCAAAUGCCUUGUACAAUAUAACAAGGUUGACGAUAUCCACCAAGCAGAUUUCUGCAAAAUCACUCCCGCGAAGUUCUGUGGCUCAAAAGAAAUUGUUUCGCUUAAGUUCCGUAAACAAGCAGGUUCCACUGAGGAUGAAGAAAUUUACUUUGAUUUUAGAAAGCAAAGGUUUAUCUAUUCAAAGGAAAAGGAAACAUUUUACAAGCUUCCUUUCCCAACUAAAGAAACAUUUGGAUACUAUCUCAAAAAUACUGGACAUGGCUCUGAAGCUAAAGUGGUUGCUGCUACAGAAAAAUGGGGACGCAAUGUAUUUGAGUACCCCCAACCAACUUUUCAGAAACUAAUGAAAGAGCACUGCAUGGAGCCCUUUUUUGUUUUCCAGGUCUUCUGUGUAGGUCUCUGGUGUUUAGACGAGUAUUGGUAUUACAGUUUGUUCACCUUGUUCAUGCUGUUCAUGUUUGAGUCAACUAUGGCGAAAACCCGUUUAAAAACUUUGACGGAGCUUAGACGUGUACGAGUUGAUAGCCAAACACUAAUGGUGCAUCGUUGUGGCAAGUGGGUGAAGCUUUCUGGAACAGAUCUUCUUCCCGGGGAUGUUAUUUCUAUUGGACGCUCAUCUGGUCAAAAUGGCGAAGAUAAGUCUGUACCAGCAGAUAUGCUAUUAUUAGCUGGAAGUGCUAUUGUCAAUGAGGCCAUUCUCACAGGCGAGUCUACUCCUCAGUGGAAGGUGUCCACCACAGGCAGAUCUGCUGAGGAGAUGCUUUCAAUUAAAAGAGAUAAAAGCCAUGUGCUUUUCGGUGGUACAAAAAUAUUGCAGCACACUCCAGAUAAGUCUUUUCCUCUGAAAACCCCUGAUGGUGGCUGUGUAGCUGUUGUCUUACGAACUGGUUUUGAGACAAGUCAAGGGAAAUUGAUGCGCACGAUAUUAUUUUCUACUGAGAGAGUUACAGCGAACAGUUGGGAAAGUGGAUUGUUCAUCUUAUUCUUGGUUGUAUUUGCAGUUAUCGCUGCAGGUUAUGUACUGAUGAAGGGACUGGAGGACCCUACCAGAAGCAGAUAUAAACUUAUCCUUAGUUGUUCGCUGAUUAUCACUUCUGUUAUACCCCCUGAACUUCCUAUGGAAUUAUCUAUAGCUGUCAAUACUUCCCUUAUAGCUUUAGCUAGACGUGGAAUAUUUUGCACAGAACCAUUCCGAAUUCCAUUUGCUGGGAAGGUUGAUAUAUGUUGCUUUGACAAGACAGGAACCCUGACUUCAGAUGAUAUGGAAUUCUCAGGUGUGGUCGGAUCCACAGAAAGUUUGGAAUUAGAGACAGAUAUGAAAAAAGUACCAGGUCGAACUCUGGAGAUUCUUGCUUCUUGUCACGCCUUAGUCUUUGUUGACAACAAGCUGGUUGGUGAUCCUCUUGAGAAAGCUGCACUGAAAGGAAUUGACUGGUCCUACAAAUCUGACGAGAAGGCAAUGCCUAAAAAGGGUAAUGGAAAUCCCGUGCAAAUCGUUCAACGACAUCACUUCGCAUCUCACUUAAAACGAAUGGCAGUGGUUGUACGUGUUGAUGAGAAUUUUUUAUCAUUUGUGAAGGGUGCACCUGAAACUAUUCAAGAUAGACUCAUAAACCUGCCAUCCUCAUAUGUCGAAACCUACAAAAAAUAUACACGUCAAGGAUCCAGGGUCUUGGCCCUGGCAUACAAACCCCUUCCAGAGAUGACAGUUAGUGAAGCCAGAAGCCUGGAUCGAGAUGUGGUGGAAAGGGACCUAACAUUUGCUGGUUUUGCGGUUUUUAAUUGCCCUAUCCGCCAUGACUCAGCCUCUGUAUUGGCUGAACUAAAAGGAUCCUCGCAUGAUCUGGUGAUGAUCACUGGUGAUCAAGCAUUAACUGCUUGCCAUGUUGCUGGUCAAGUGCAUAUUAUUUCCAGACCAGCAUUAAUUCUAUCUGCUGUUAAGGGUAGUGACAGAUAUGACUGGGUUUCACCAGAUGAAACUGAGACCAUACCUUUCAAUGCAAAAGAGGUUGAGGCUUUGGCUGACUCACAUGAUCUUUGUAUUGGUGGUGAUUGCUUUGAGAUGCUGCAGCGGACAUCGGCUGUUCUGCUAGUUGUGCCUUUUGUUAAGGUUUUUGCUAGGGUUGCUCCUGAACAGAAAGAGCUUAUUUUGACCACACUAAAAACUGUGGGAAGGAUGACACUAAUGUGUGGUGAUGGUACAAAUGAUGUUGGAGCUCUCAAGCAGGCACAUGUUGGGGUGGCUUUGCUAAAUGCUGUGCCCGAAGAUUCCUCCGUAACUGCAAAAAAUGAAACUACUGCAUCCAAGUCCAAGAAGCCAAAGGUUGCUUCUGAGGAUAAGAAAGCUGUCAAUGUUAGUGGUGAAGGCUCUUCAAAAAAGAAAUCUGCUUCAAAAUCUGAAUCCUCUACCCAAGCAGCUGGCAAUAAGCAUCUGACUGCUGUUGAGUUGCAGAAGCAGAAGCUAGAGAAAAUGUUAGAAGAGAUGAAUGACGAUGGUGAUGGUCGUUCAGCCCCCAUUGUGAAGCUAGGGGAUGCCUCGAUGGCCUCACCUUUUACUGCAAAGCAUGCAUCAGUAGCCCCAACCACAGAUAUUAUUCGUCAGGGUCGGAGUACUCUUGUUACCACACUUCAGAUGUUUAAGAUCCUUGGUCUUAACUGCCUUGCUACUGCCUAUGUGCUCAGUGUCAUGAACUUGGAUGGUGUCAAGCUUGGUGAUGUCCAAGCAACUAUUAGUGGGGUUUUUACUGCUGCUUUUUUCCUAUUCAUCUCCCAUGCUCGCCCGCUUCAAACACUCUCGGCUGAUCGACCCCACCCUAAUAUAUUCUGCUGCUAUGUUUUUCUCUCUCUACUUGGACAGUUUUCUGUCCAUCUGUUCUACUUGAUUAGUUCCGUGAAGGAGGCUGAGAAAUACAUGCCUGAUGAGUGUAUUGAACCAGACUCUGAUUUCCAUCCAAAUCUGGUAAAUACAGUUUCAUACAUGGUUGGAAUGAUGUUGCAGGUUGCCACUUUUGCAGUGAAUUAUAUGGGGCAUCCUUUCAACCAGAGCAUUACAGAAAACAAGCCCUUCCUAUACGCUCUUGUGUCAGCAGUCGGAUUUUUCGUUGUCAUCACAUCUGAUCUGUUCAGGGACCUCAAUGACUGGCUAAAAUUGGUGCCCAUGCCAAAACCUUUGAGGAAUAAGCUGUUGAUUUGGGCUUUGUCUAUGUUCUUGAUUUGCUAUUUCUGGGAAAAGUUUUUGAGAUGGAUAUUCCCUGGAAAAAUGCCCGCAUGGAGGAAACGCCAACAACAAGCUGUGGCUAACUUGGAGAAGAAGAAAAAUGAGUAAAUUUCAGACGGUCACAGAUGAAAUUCCUCUCUUCAAUGCUUGAGCCUCACUUGCCUGCUGCUGCCAUACAUCGAUGGAGCAAAAAGGAGCCAGCUUACGUGCAGCUACAUAACGUGUUUGAAAUGUAUUUCAUGUUGGCUGUUGUUGGGCAUUUUUGUUAGGACAUGCUUCCCUAUUCUUUUGUAACGAUUAGAGAUGUUUAUUAUGAUAAUUAUGGUCUUUAGUAGCCAUAGUGAUAGCGGUUCUUAUAUUUAUGCCUGGGAAGGUUUUUUAUGUUUUCUUAAGCUGAAUACCAGUUUACAACUCAUAAGAUUAUAUGAAGUUAUACCACUAUUUUUUCAUUCAA